UCAAAGACGUACCAUUUCAGGAGUAGCUGCGAAAAUUAUUCUUAAGAUAGUUUUUUAAAUUAAUAUAUUUUAUAUAUAGUGAAUAUUGUAUUUAAAAUGUUCCUUGCUAUUAAAUAUAUCUUGUUCGUUGGAAUUUUCAGUGAAUGUUAUUUAAUUGUAAAUACACAUAGAAAUUUGCAUUCACUUGUGUCUGCAAAAUUGUAUGUGUAUGUAUGUAUAAAGCAGAAGUCUAGUCUGUUAAGUUAUUUAGUAUAUUAAUAAGACUUUUAGGCCAGGAUAAAAAGUUGUUAAGUUGUACUUUUUAUGACGGAUACUGACACACAUAUAUAUAAAUUGUUUACUUAUACAGGAUAUAUAUUUUAUUCUCCCAUAUACUGAGUUUAAAUAAUCAAUUCCUACAAGCAGAUUACCACAAGAAAAAACAAUUGUAUAAGUCUACGACUAAACAAACUAAACAAAGAGAAAAACGCUAUAGUCGAGUACGCCGACUAUGAUAUACUCACUGAUAUGUUACAACGUACAUAUGUAUCUUUUACAUGUAUAAAUAUAAUGAAGUAAUACACUUAUUACCCACACAACUUAAUACGCCCAGGACAUUAAUUGUCUUCACACGAACACUUUACACAUAAACAAAGCUAAAACAAUGUAUAAGUUAACCAUACUUAAAAAAGAGUCGAGAACACCGACUAUAAGAUACUCACUGCCAUGUUACAACAUGUAUUUUUCAGAUAUAUAUGGAAUUAAUACUCAAAUUACACGUACUACUUAAGAUGACGAGGACAUUAAUUGUCUUCACACGAACAUUUUAUACAUAUAUGUACAUGAAAACAUUAACGGCUUUUUGACUCAAAGAAAGUUUUAAUAAUAAUUUAUACUUUAAGAUUUUACCAAUAUCUAUAAUUUUACUAAGAAUUUUAUAAAUGUUUUCUUACAGGCAUAUUUUUACCCUAACUUAUAUAAAUAUAAAUAUUAAUAUUGCCAAAUAACUUUGUUUCAGGUUACACGAAUCUAUAUAAUGGUAAACCAUUGCACAUAAAAAACAUUAUUUCUUUGCGAAUAAAUAAUAUUAUUAUUGAGAUAAUUAAAAAAGAAAGGGUUUUCCCAUGUCCGUUAAGUCCUUUUAAUAUCUGUUCUUAAACCCCUUUCCAAAACUGAUAUUUCCUUGUCCGUUUUUUUCAUUUUGUCCGUUUGUUAAUCUUUCCUUUUGUCUGUCAGCAAUCUGUCCGUUAGUCUGUCCGUUAAUAUUUCCGAAAGUCUGUUUGUCAAUUUUUUGAUCUGUUGGUUAAUCUGUCCGUCGAUCUGUCUGUCAGUCUGUUAUCAAUCAGUUCAAGGGACUGUCCUUUUAUAUGUGAAUCAAUCUGUCCGUUAGUCUAUCUGUCAGCUUUGUCCGUUAACAUGUAAGGCAGUUUAUACCAUUGUAUCGGCCCAUUUCUUAAAAUGUAAAUAUAAAGUCUUUUCAGGAUAUAAGCCCUCGAACACAAUCAUUUAUAUAUGAACACCAUAUUUCCGUUAUAAUUACACUUGUCGUUACAGAAAUAGUUCACCUGCAUAACCGGAUCAAAGUUGUUUCUUGAUAAUUUGUAUAUUUAACAACAAGUUAAAUAUUCAUCCAUCAAACAAAACAACUUGCACUUGAGCAAUAGAUCUCCCUCGUGCUUAUAAUAAUAAUUAAUGCAAUUUCAUUGGUUGACUUUUACCGCAGAAAUGUAGGCUUUUUAGUAAUGGGGUUUGUUAAAUAAACAAAUGGAAUAAACUUGGUAAGUAAUCACCGAUUAGUUGGAGAUCAAAGCGUCAAAUUUUGCACUUUAGCAGGGAUAGAUUUAAAUUUUGGGGCAAGUAAUAUUAUACACAUCAUUUGGUUGACAUCUCUUGGAUUCGGAGGCUUUGUAUGAUUUAGUUCUUCUCAAUAGUUACACUUAUUGAUUUAACAAAAUAAAAAACAUAUCCAAUUUUUAGUUAGCAGCAUAGACAUAAAAGAGAUCAUUUUUGUAUUAUUGCAUUCAUUAUAAUUUAAACUUGAUUGAUUAAUUGUCAAGUCACUGGCUAGCCAAUUAUGUUCGUUGUAUACCAAGAGCUCUCAAAAUACAUGACUUGUUAGAAGCCCUUCUAAAAAGAGAAGAGAAAUAGGAUCAUUAGAAAGGUUUUUCGAUGGACCUCUAGUUUCUUCUGGUAGUGGAAUUAAUUAGAAAUGCGAAAAGUAACAGCAUGGUAGAACAGUUUCGUCCAUAUUUCUCAAUAAAAUAGAUUUAUCCUUAACGAUUAUAAAUUUCAGUGUUCAAAACAUGCAUCGGAUACAUGAGGACGAAUAUUCUGAGGACGUAAAGGACUCCGACUUUAAGGGCUCUAUUCAGAAGGAAAUAUCAGUAAAAUCGCGCCACCAAAUUUCCAUACCAGAUAUUUGCACAGAUGCAGUUAAGAAUAACUGUUUUCCGCAGACGGGUUUUUUGAACAGCUCGAUCGCCUUUGCAUCCCAUGUGGUUAAGUGCAGUUCCCCGGCAUCGAGCAUUGAUGAAUCCUCAUCGACGGCCCAGCACGAAGCCAAUCCCCACAUGCACAUACAGGGCCAACAUAUGAUGGCUCCCGUGCCCGAUCUCGGUUUCUACAAUGUUCCCGAAUUCAUUUCGGAACAGGAGAAGCUCAUGUUUUCCGAUGCCGAAAGGUUUUUGAGGUCAAAGGAUAACGAAGUGUGCAGCAAUGACUUUAGCUACAUGCAUGAUGAAUUCGCCAUGCGCAAGUACUAUCAUCCUCUAUUUGCGCAUGGCAUUUGUCGCUGGCCCGGUUGCGAAAUGGAUCUGGAAGAUAUCACAUCAUUUGUCAAGCAUCUCAAUACUGAACACGGAUUGGAUGAUCGAUCAACCGCUCAAGCCCGAGUUCAAAUGCAAGUAGUUUCUCAGCUAGAAUCCCACCUUCAAAAAGAAAGAGAUCGCUUGCAGGCAAUGAUGCAUCACUUAUAUCUGUCUAAGCAACUUUUAUCACCCACCAAAAUCGAUAGAAAGGACGUACCCGGCAGAGAGGGAAAGUUUUGCAGAAGUCCGCUCACAAUAAACAGCAUAGGUCGACCUAUCCGCCAAACAAAUUCUCCGAGCUCUCUUAAUCUACCAAUGGUUAACUCCACCAACCUAUGCUCAAUCAAAAAGAGAAGCCACGACAAAAACUCAUUUUCAAUCAAUGGUGGAUUGCCUUAUAUGCUUGAAAGAGCUGGGCUUGAUGUACAGCAGGAAAUUCAUCGGAACAGAGAAUUUUACAAAAACGCUGAUGUACGACCCCCUUUCACUUAUGCGUCCCUUAUAAGACAGUCCAUAAUCGACUCUCCAGACAAGCAGCUUACCCUGAACGAAAUAUAUAAUUGGUUCCAAAACACGUUUUGUUACUUUCGACGGAAUGCAGCUACGUGGAAGAACGCAAUCCGUACAAACCUAUCCUUGCACAAGUGCUUUGUACGAUAUGAGGAUGACUUUGGCUCGUUUUGGAUGGUCGACGACAAUGAGUUUGUCAAAAGGCGGCACUUGUCUAGAGGGCGGCCACGGAAAUACGACCCAUCCUCCUCCCCAAACUCCUGCCAAUCUGGCAAUGGAGUGUCCACCGACAAAAACCCCUGCGACAAUUGUCCCCAACACUGCUCGAGUAUGCCCCCGGGGGCAGAGAAUCCCCUAGAUUCGGGAAAUCCAAAUGAUAUGGGGCGAAUGGGUUGUCUUCCUUUUUGCGGUAGUGAUGGUUUAAGCAAGACGUCUAAGGACUAUAGCAAUAUGGAUUCGGGUUUGGUCGAAAGUAACAGCCAUUUAACAAUGGAUGAAUAUUCCACUAAUAUGUACGAAAGUAGUGCCAAUGAGCUUAAUCGAUAAAUGUAUCAUUAAAAGUAUUUAUUUAGAUGCAUUGUCGGGAUAACUCAAUUGUUUAGGUUAAAAGGUUCGGAUUCGGAAAUUAUACUUGUAAAUAUACAUAGAAAUAAGUAUAAUUUCUUAAAGAGAAACGAAGAAGCUACUACUUUUAAAAAUAAAUUACGAUAAAGGCAAUAUUAAAAUAUUGAAGAAAAAUUAACUUUUAAAUUAUGCUUUAAUUAAUAAACAACUUAAAUUUAAUUUAAAAAUGCAAUAUGAAGUAUUUAGCCACUCAAUUUACCAAAUUUUGUACUGUUCCUCGAUGUGUACAAACUGAAGUAAGUUCUUGUGUCAAGAAAUUGGACUCUUGGCUUUGGUAAGACUACAUUUUUCUCAUUUCUUAUCUGCUGACAUCCUAGUCAAUCACAUUUUCGAGAGUUUUCUAAA